CCCUCUCGUUGAUUUCAUAAUUAUAAUUCUGCACUACAAAAACCCAUAAAGAAGGGAAGCAAAACCCCAGAAACCUAAAGAUCAGCUGCGGCAAUGGGUGAGAAGAACAAGAACAAUCAAGGAGAGCAAAAGGAUGGAAAUAACAACAACAAAAACAACGGCGGAGGAAAAAACAAUGCCACGGUGGUGCUGAAAACUGACCUUCACUGCGACGGCUGCGCUUCCAAAAUCAUCAAGUGCAUCCACUCUUUUGGUGGUGUGGAUUCGGUGACAAUUGGAGAAGGGGAGAAGAUUACGGUAGUGGGUAAUGUGGAUCCGGCGAAGCUCCGGGAGAAAUUGGAGCUGAAAACUCACAAAAAGGUCGAGCUCCUUUCACCCCACCCUAAAAAAGACGGCGAUAACAAAGGUAACGGCAAUGGAAAAGAGAACGCCGGCGGCGGCGGCAAUGGGAAGCAGGAGAUGAAAAAUGAAUCCAAAGACCAAAAAUCAAAUGAAAAAUCCGACGAGAAGAAGAAACCAAAUCAAAAGGAGCCACCGGUGACCACGGCGGUGCUGAAGGUGCAUUUGCACUGCGAUGGAUGCAUUCAGAAGAUAUACAAAACCAUCUCCAAAACCAAAGGCUACAAGGAUAUGGAAAUCGACAAGCAAAAGGAUCUCGUGAGAGUGACGGGCGCCAUGGAUAUGAAAGCCCUAGCUGAAAAUCUCCAGAAGCAUCUGAAGAAGAAUGUUGAAAUUGUGCCCUCGAAGAAGGAGAAUGAGAAUAAGGAAAAAGGCGGCGGCGGCGGCGGUGGUGAUGAGAAGAUGGAAGGGAACAAGAUGAUGCAGCAGCAGCAGCAGCAGUCACAGAUGGUUGGGCCGAACCCGUACCCGGUGAUGUACGGGCCGGGUGGUGUAUUCGGGGACGAGUUUCAUCAGUACCACGCGCCUCAGAUGUUUAGCGAUGAGAACCCAAACGCGUGCACUGUCAUGUGAGAGUGGCAGUAUGUAAAUAAGAUUAGUAUUCCCAUGGCAAUUUCGUCUUUUCGCUUCUCUUUAUUGUACAAGGUCCACUUUCCAUAUUUGGCCACGCAUUUUUACUAGGAUUACGUUUUUGUUUUUUUUGGCUAUCAAAUUUUGAUCACUAUUAAUUUUGUAGUAGAACUAAUAAUUUUUAAUUUAA